UGGAAAUGAUUCAGUCAUUUUGUGUUUUCACUUACCUUUUAGAUUCUUCUUAUUUUUUUUCUUGUUCUCCGAUUCAUUGUUUUCGGGUUUCUUCUAAGCAUGUUCUUGUAAUGAUCCAUUUUCUACAAAUUAUAAAUCAAUAAUAAUUCGAACCAAAAAAGUGAAAGGUGGUCAAAAACUGUAAAAAACUUAUUGAGCAGAAUGGUGGCGCCCUUGAUUGCAUAAUUAUUGUUUUGGCCGUUUGCGCACGUACAUGAUAGUCAACAAAGAUUUAAAAUAAUUGUUUGUACCUUGCGUUUAGCUACAUUUAUCAUUAAGGAAAUGUCAGCAUUUACCCACUAUCUCAAGACGACGGGAUGCAAACAGUAUAAGGAAGCAAGGCAUUUGGCUGAGGAGUUAUCACAACAUGAUGCCGAGACUGAGCCUUUCAAAUCCAAGUACAAGGCUCGAGAGAUUCUUGUUGAUCUUAAGAAGAAUUUGAAUAAAUACUCAGAAGAAGUGGAUUCUGAAGGAUGUGAAGGUAGGCAAUGUCUGGAAGAAGCUCAGGAAUUGUAUAAUAAAUACAAACAUGAAGUUGAUAGAGCCCCAGUCUACAUCCAUGAGCUGUUGGAGAAAGACUGUGAAGAAAAGGAUGAUCACGAACGAUGGCAGGAAUUCGAGAAACUCUACACUCAUACGUUGUACUAUUUAGCUCAAGUGUAUGGUGGUCUUAAAGAAAAUCACAAGUCUGCAAGUUACUGCCAAACUACUCUGCAAAGACAACUUCAGUACGAUCAGUAUGAACCUUUGGAAUGGGCUUUGAACUGUGCAACGCUAUCACAAUAUUACAUUACGGAGAGUAGAUACACUCAAGCAAGGCAUUGUCUUGCAAGUGCCUCUUUUAUAUUUUCUUUACAUAAGGAUAAAGGCGAAAGGAAAGCAGAUGAAGGUGAAGAGGAGAGGAGAUUGGAGGAUAUUGCAAAUCGUGAGGCUGACCUUGCUAGAUGUUGGACUAAGUACUGUAUAUCACUACUUGAAGACUCUAUAGUAUACUCUAAGGAGAAAUUGUCAGCAGACACUAGUGGACAUGAUAAGGAAGAAGACAAAGACACUGAUGAAAACGAUAAACAUCAACCAAGAUUUGAAAGUUUAGAGUUGACAUCCCUAGAAAUGCAAGUCACUGAUAAAUAUGUAACUGUAUUUGAGGAGGCCAGGGAUGUGUUUCUAGCAGCUCAAAGGUGGAUAGCUGAAUCAAAGAAAUUCUACCAAAUCGAUGGAUUUGUAUCAGAAUAUAUAGAAAUCAUUAAGGAUCACAGUAUGUUAUUCAAAUUGUUAGCGUUUUUUGAGACUGAUAGCGAGCGCAAAUGCAAGAUGUUUAAACGUCGAGUGGAUAUGCUACAGAGUGUUAUCAAGCAACUAAAUCCACAGCACUUCUUGCUAUUGAGCAGGCAACUCAUCUUUGAAUGUGCAGAGACGUAUAGUGGAAUGGUGGACCUAAAAAUAUGCAUAGCAGAGCAGUCACAACCAACAACUCAGCAUGCAGUUAAAAAGAUUAACCUUCUCAUAAUGCAUUCCAUUGGACAAUAUCAAGCAUUUAUAGAUUCAUUACGCAAGCCAGAUGGAACCAUGCCCAAUGCCUUAGAGGAAGAUGUAGUUAGACCAGCUAUGGUUGCACACUUUUGUAUGGGAAGACUAUAUUCUAAACUUAUAUCUGAAUCCAGAAAAAAGAUAGAGAAUAUGAACAGCAGUUUGAACCAGUACAAAGCUGUGGUUGACUACUGUAAAAGCCAUCCUGGAGUGGUGAAGCUAGUUGAGGCCGAGUUGGAGAUAUGUGAAGAGAUGGUUCUUCUACUUCCAGCACGUAUUGACCAACUUCGCACAAACCUUGAUUGAGACUUGCGCCGAACAGUUGAAAGAUAGUAAAAUAAUCUGCUGCUAUAGACGUUAAACUGAAGGUUGACAUCAAAUGGAUGUUGUGACUGUGGUCACAUGACAUUCAUUGACAUGAACCUGCGCCUAUUGCUAUAUGAUAAAUUGAUGUGCGAUUGUAGCUGGCACACUUAAAAUGACAAUACCAAGGCUCUUGGUGGGCAUGCACUUUAUUCAUUUCUAUCCUAUUAGGUUGCUGUAUACAAGUGACUGAUUCCAGGUUACUCAAAUCGGUGGUAACUAGAGUUAAAACCUGUAGAAAAAAGUGUCCCUGAUGUUACAUAUCUUCCUGUAUAACAUGUACACUAUUAGAGGUGUGUUUGAUGAAGUCACCACAUGUUUUUGGUGUAUCUAAUUGGAUUUUAGAGAAGAAUUGAAUACCUUGUUUCUUCGACUAUGUUGUAGCAAUCAAUCUUCAAUUGAUAGAUUGACCUUCCAAAAGUUCACUUCUACACUGUCAGUUAUAAGUUUAUGAAUAUGUAGUUAUGUUAUCCAAGGAGGUAAAGUGUCACCGAUGAAUCACCAGUGGUAUAAUCGAUGAUCAUUAUAUUCAUAUUGGGCACUUAUUGGCACAAUCUAAGUUGAGAUGUAUAACUGAUUGAAUAUAGUUCUAUUAGAAUCAAAUUCAUCUUUUUUGUCAAAUAUCAAGUACAUAAAAUUAUUUUCUGGGUAAUAUACUAAAAUAUCAAACCAUAUUCAGAAAUAAAUUUCAAACAAAAAGUUGGUUACAUUUUCCCACAGACAGACAAAUUCUGUGUUAUAUAACCAAAUAGCACUAGGCAGAAAUGAGUUUCUAUGGCUGUCUGUCUUUAUUCUUAUAUGAAUAAUUCUGCCUGAUCUGUUGUAGGUUAAACUGCUGUUUAGAGGAUGUGUUGUAUCAUUAAUUAUUCCUAUAAUGUUUGUCAUGGCAGACUUACACAAGCGACAUUUUACACAAGUGACAGAUAUCCUUAGCAUCCAUACCAAUUGUCUUACAAGCAACUUGUGUAAAAACCUUGUGAGUUUAACAGGAUUUUUCUUGGUCAUCUCAGUCAUCCAGACAAUAUUAAUCCUGAUAAUAGUAAUACCAAUACUAUAGCGUAAUGUGAUGAACAAUUAAUCACAGAAUAUGCUUUACCUUUUUAUUAAUUACCAUCAUCUUGCUUGUACAUGUACUUAUUGUUACGAGUAAAUUAGUUUAAUCAGGAUCAGUCAAGUAAAGACUAACGGCUGUACUAAAUUUUUAUCGGCCGUUUUUUCCUUGUCAUAGGAGUGGUUUGACGCAGCGGUUGCGGUUCUGCUUCUCAACCUAGAGGUCAGAGGUUCAAUCCCUUUACUGCAGUUUGCUUGCAUCCUGAGGCAAGCCACUUUACCGACAGUUGUUUCUCUCCAAGUACAAGUGGGUACCUGGUAGGUUAAAAAAAUCAAAAUGCGCUGAUCACAGCUGCAACAAUUGAAUUCUCCCCAGUUAUCUUCUCAGUAUUUGUUCAAUGUGCUUGAUCCAGUGACCGUGGGUAACAGGGGUGGAUCCAGAGAUGUCCAAAAGGGGGGAAGGCCGAAAUUUGGGCCGAUCAAGACAACACUGAAAUAGGAGGUCUGAAAUUUCUGUGUUUUAGGCGCCCGAAAAUAGCAUUUGAGGCGUUCUGGGCUAUCGUUUUUUCUUUUUCUUUCUUUCUGUCUUUUUUUUUUUCUUUUUUUUACCUCAAAAUCCCUAAAUCCGCCCCUGGGUAAUAAUGUGAAGCACUUAGAGGUCUCAUUGGCAUUAAGCGCUAUAUAAUUUUUAACAUAAUUAUAUUAUUAUUAUUAUAUUGUUAAGCUAACUAAAACAUAGAUAGCUCAUCCUGUUCUCAAAAUUUAAAUAUAGUGAACAUCCCAGGGCCCAGUUUCUCCCUUAAAGGGCAAUGACAUUACCAUCAAGUGUUCAACAAAAUAGUAUAAUGAACCUUAAAGUGUUUUAAACAUCAUGUACUCUCAAAGCUUAUUUUUUAAAUUCAUUUUAAAGGACAUUUGAGCUUUUACUAAAACAAACAUCAAUAAAACUAAUUUAUUGUAUUAAGAUACCUACCUAA